AUGGCACCUAGUCGUCGUAUGCAGAAGCAGGGUGUGCCCGAGCCCCUGAACGAAUCACUGGUUUCGAGAAAGAGAAAGGACGCGCCUCCGCCGCCAGAGGCAACAUACAAGAAGCGCAGAACCGACCCCAACAAGCCCAAGAACUCGGCCGGAAAGACGACAACCAAGGGCAAAUUCGCAGCAAACGGAAAGACACCAAAGACGGUAGCCAAGAAGGCUCAGCAACUGGUUGAGUCCGACGACGAAGACAUCGAAGACGACUCAGAUGCCGUUGACGAUUUGGGCGUCCUCGAGUCGGACGACGAGCCUGCUGAAGAUGACGACUUUAUGGACUCAGAUGACCCGGACGUGCAACGCGCCAUGUGGUCAGAGGAUGAAGAUGCUUCGGACGCUGAGGAGAUGCUGAACGCCGCCAACAUCGCUGGUCUCUCGGGUCGCCUUGAUGAAGAAGCCGCCCAAGAGGCUGCUGAUGCACAAGCUGAACUCGAGGACGACGCUAUGCAGACCAACAUCGCUGCCGCCGACAUUCCCGAGGACGAAGACGACGACGAGGCUGCCCAACGAAAAGCCACCCUUGCUCCCGACCUCCAGCUGCUCCGCACCCGUAUCACCGAAACCACCCGUGUCCUGACCAGCUUCAAGGAGCUGUCCGACCCUUCGCGCUCGCGUGCCGACUACAUCAACUCGCUCCUCAACGAUAUCUGCGCCUACUAUGGCUACUCGCGCUUCUUGGCCGAGAAGCUAACAAACACCCUCCGCACUCACCGUCGUGACCUCGCUCACUCUCUGAUCAACCGUGGUGUUACUCUUGAGCCCGUCGGAAAGUGGAGCAAGGUUGGUCUGCAGGUUUUCGAAUCGCAGGUCCCCUUGGGUGCCACUCCCGAAUAUCUUGCUGGACACUACAUCCUCCAAGCUGCCAGUUCGUUCUUGCCCGUCAUGGCUUUGGCACCGCAAGAGAAUGAGCGUGUUCUGGAUAUGGCUGCUGCUCCCGGUGGUAAAACAACAUACGCCGCUGCCCUGAUGCGCAACACUGGUGUCAUCUUCGCCAACGAUGCCAGUAAAGUCCGUGCCAAGGGUUUGAUCGGUAACAUUCACCGUCUCGGUGUCAAGAACACCAUCGUAUGUCACUACUCUGCCUUGGAGUUCCCCAAGGUCAUGGGUGGAUUCGACAGAGUUCUCCUCGAUGCUCCUUGCUCUGGUACCGGUGUUAUUGCCAAGGAUCAGAGUGUCAAGACCAACAAGACCGAGGCCGAUUUCCUGCGCCUGCCUCAUCUCCAGAAGCAGCUUCUGCUCGCCGCCAUCGAUUCAGUAGACCACGCCUCAAAGACUGGAGGUUACAUCGUGUACUCAACAUGUAGUGUCACAGUCGAGGAGAACGAGCAAGUUGUUCAGUACGCUCUCAACAGACGCCCCAAUGUCAAGCUUGUCAGCACCGGCCUUGUAUUUGGUAAGGAGGGCUUCACCAGCUUCAUGGGCAAGAAGUUCCAUCCUAGCUUGAAGGAGACCAGAAGAUACUACCCCCACGCCUACAACGUUGAUGGUUUCUACGUCGCCAAGUUCAAGAAGGUUGGCCCUACACCUGCAAACGCCGUCAAGGCACAAGGCUCGGAAGAGCAGAAGCAAAACGUGAAGAAGGAUGGAGAUGAGGAGAUCAUCGACAGAACCCCUAUCAGCGAGGAAGCCGAGAAUGACGAGUUUGGUGGCUUCUCGGACUCCGAGGACGAGGCCAUCAUCCAACGUGCCCGCGCGAAGCAGCUUAAGAAGAAGGGUCUCGACCCCAAAGCCACAAAGGCCACCAAGAAGCCCAAGGAAAAGGAAGUCACAUCUGAGGAGCCCAACGCCGAAGAUCAAAUAGAAGAGAAGGCCGUGAAGUCGCCAUCAGGCACAAAGAGCCCCAAGGUAGCUGAGAAGCUAGUCAAAGACGGUGUCAGCGAGGUCGGUGGCCAUGCUGUGGGAACCUCAACGGAGGCUCAAAGCAAGAAAGAGAGGAGGAGUCUGAACAAGGCAGGCAAGAAGGCCAAGGCUAGCCCCAAGUCCAAAUAA